CACUUAACACAUUAUAUAAAAAUUACCUAUCUGUAGAGUCAGUGACAGUGUCUAACAUAUUAUUAUUUUUCAUUAUGUUAGUACAUAAAUCCCUCAGUAAAUGUUAAAUGAAUGUGCCGCUUUUCUUCUUCCUUUGAUCCAUAACAGGGGUCAGCAGACUUUUUCUGUGAAGAUUAGACGGUAAAUAUUUUAGGUUUUGCAGACUAUAUAUUCUCUGUUUCAAUUACUUAACUCUGCUGUUGUAGCACAAAAGCAGUCAUAGAUGAUAUGAAAACUAGUGAACAUGGCUAUGUUCCAAUAACUAUUUGAAUUUCAUAUUAUUAUUAUUUUUUUUACCAACGAUUAAAAAAUGUGAAAAAUAUUCUUAACUCAGGGGCUGUACAAAGGCUGGAUUUAGCCCACACUUCUUCCAUUGUAGUUUGCUAACCUUUGAUCCAUAAGGACUCUCAGCAAGCUUUGACAAAGGAAUAUGCAGUAAGAUGAUAUGUUAUAAUACUACCAUUGGUGAUAGAGUAGCAAAGAUAAAUAAAGCAGUCUUUUUUUAUCAAGGAUCUCAUGGUGAAGUUCAAGAUUAAGAUAUGUAAACAAGGAAUGAUGGCAUAGUAUGGUAACUACAAUUACACUUUAUCGAAUAUAGAUGUAGGACAAAGGAGUGAUAACCAGCUCUGCUUGCGAGGACCAGAAGUAACCUAUAACAGUCAUCUAUUGGAGAUAAGAAACAUUUUCAGCUAAGAACUUUUCUGAGAAUCAAACUUGCUAAGGGUCUUCAAAUUGCCGUUCCAUGUGUUCUGUCCAGACUGAUCCAGAAAACAUGGCUACUGCAAUUAGGGAGGUGGGAGUUUGGAGACAGACCAGAACACUCCUACUGAAAAAUUACCUAAUUAAAUGCAGGACUAAAAAAAGUAGUGUUCAGGAAGUUCUUUUUCCACUAUUUUUUUUAUUUUGGUUAAUAUUAAUUAGCAUGAUGCAUCCAAAUAAGAAAUAUGAAGAAGUGCCUGAUAUGGAGCUUAACCCUAUGGACAAAUCUAUCCUCUCUAACCUAAUUCUCGGAUAUACUCCAGUGACUAACAUUACAAGAAACAUCAUGCAGAAGGUUUCUACUGAUCACCUUCCUGAUGUUAUAAUUACUGAAGAAUAUGCAGAUGAAAAAGAAUUGCUAGCAUCCAGUCUUUCCAAGUUCAGCAACUUCGUAGGUGUGGUUUUCAAAGACUUCAUGUCCUACGAACUUCGUUUUUUUCCUGAUAUGAUUCCAGUAUCUUUUGUUUAUAUGGAUUCAAGAGCUGGCUGUUCAAAAUCAUGUGAAGCUGCUCAGUACUGGUCCUCUGGGUUCACAGUUUUACAAGCAUCCAUAGAUGCUGCCAUUAUACAGUUGAAGACCAAUAUUUCUCUGUGGAAGGAGCUGGAGUCAACUAAAGCUGUUAUUAUGGGAGAAACUGCUGUUGUAGAAAUUGAUACCUUUCCCCGAGGAGUAAUUUUAAUAUACUUGGUUAUAGCAUUUUCACCCUUUGGAUACUUUUUGGCAAUUCAUAUUGUGGCAGAAAAAGAGAAAAAAUUAAAAGAGUUUUUAAAGAUAAUGGGACUUCAUGACACUGCCUUUUGGCUUUCCUGGGUUCUUCUGUAUACCAGUUUGAUUUUUCUUAUGUCUCUUCUCAUGGCAGUCAUUGCAACAGCUUCUUCGUUAUUCCCUCGAAGUAGUUGCAUAGUGAUAUUUCUACUUUUUUUCCUGUAUGGGUUAUCAUCUGUAUUUUUUGCUUUAAUGCUGACACCUCUAUUUAAAAAGUCAAAACAUGUAGGAAUAGUGGAAUUUUUAGUUACUGUGGCUUUUGGAUUUGUUGGCCUUUUGAUAGUCCUCCUGGAAAGUUUUCCCAAAUCAUUAGUGUGGCUUUUAAGUCCCUUCUGUCAAUGUACUUUUUUGAUUGGUAUUGCACAGGUCAUGCAUUUGGAAGAUUUUAAUGAAGGUGCUUUAUUUUCUAACUUGACCGAAGGCCCAUAUCCUCUAAUUAUUACUAUCAUCAUGCUAGCACUAAAUAGUAUAUUCUAUGUCCUCUUGGCUGUUUAUCUUGAUCAAGUCAUUCCAGGGGAAUUUGGCUUACGGAGAUCAUCUUUAUAUUUUCUGAAGCCAUCAUAUUGGUCCAAGAACAAAAGAAAUUAUAAGGAGUUAUCAGAGGGCAAUGUUAAUGGGAAUAUAAGUUUUAGUGAAAUUGUUGAGCCUGUUUCUUCAGAAUUUGUAGGAAAAGAAGCCAUAAGAAUCAGUGGUAUUCAGAAGACAUACAGAAAGAAAGGUGAAAAUGUGGAGGCUUUGAGAAAUUUGUCAUUUGACAUUUUUGAGGGUCAGAUUACUGCACUACUUGGCCACAGUGGAACAGGAAAGAGUACACUGAUGAAUAUUCUUUGUGGACUAUGCCCACCUUCUGAUGGGUUUGCAUCUAUAUAUGGACACAAUGUUUCAGAAAUAGACGAAAUGUUUGAAGCAAGAAAAAUGAUCGGAAUUUGUCCACAGUUAGAUAUUCACUUUGAUGUUUUGACAGUAGAAGAAAACUUAUCCAUUUUGGCUUCAAUCAAAGGAAUACCAGCUAAUAAUAUAAUACAAGAAGUGCAGAAGGUUUUACUGGAUUUAGACAUGCAAGCUAUCAAAGAUAAUCAGGCUAAAAAGUUAAGCGGUGGUCAAAAGAGAAAACUGUCUUUAGGAAUUGCUGUUCUUGGGAAUCCAAAGAUCUUAUUACUAGAUGAACCAACAGCUGGAAUGGACCCCUGUUCUCGUCAUAUUGUUUGGAAUCUUCUAAAAUACAGAAAAUCUAAUCGGGUGACAGUGUUUAGUACUCAUUUCAUGGAUGAAGCUGAUAUUCUUGCUGAUAGGAAAGCUGUCAUAUCACAAGGAAUAUUGAAAUGUGUUGGUUCUUCAUUGUUUCUCAAAAGUAAAUGGGGGAUUGGCUACCGCCUGAGCAUGUACAUAGACAGAUACUGUGCCACAGAAUCUCUGUCUUCUCUGGUUAAACAACAUAUACCUGGAGCUACUUUAUUACAACAGAAUGACCAACAGCUUGUGUAUAGCUUGCCUUUCAAGGACAUGGACAAAUUUUCAGGUUUAUUUUCUGCUCUAGACAUUCAUUCAAAUUUGGGUGUUAUUUCUUAUGGUGUUUCCAUGACAACUUUGGAAGAUGUAUUCUUAAAGCUAGAAGUUGAAGCAGAAAUUGACCAAGCAGAUUAUAGUGUAUUUACUCAGCAGCCACUAGAGGAAGAAAUGGAUUCCAAAUCUUUUGAUGAAAUGGAGCAGAGCUUACUCGUUCUUUCCGAAAGUAAGGCUUCUCUGAUGAGCACCAGGAGCCUUUGGAAACAGCAGGUGUAUACAACAGCAAAGUUUCACUUCCUCACCCUGAAACGCGAAAGUAAAUCAGUGAGAUCAGUGUUGCUUCUCCUUUUAAUUUUUUUUGCAGUCCAGAUUUUUAUGUUUUUGGUGCAUCACUCUUUUAAAAAUGCUGUGGUUCCCAUCAAACUCGUUCCAGACUUGUAUUUCCUAAAACCUGGAGAUAAGCCUCAUAAAUACAAAACAAGUCUGCUUCUUCAAAAUUCUACUGACUCAGAUAUCAGUGAUCUUAUUAGCUUUUUCACAAAGCAGAACAUAAUGGUGACGAUGUUUAAUGACAGCGACUAUGUAUCUGCUGCUCCCCAUAGCGCAGCUUUAAAUGUGAUGCAUUCAGAAAAGGACUAUGUUUUUACAGCUGUUUUCAACAGUACUAUGGUUUAUUCUUUACCUGUAUUGAUGAAUAUCAUUAGCAACUAUUAUCUUUACCAUUCAAAUGUGACUGGAAGCAUCGAGGUCUGGAAUACCCCAUUCUUUCAAGAAAUUACAGACAUAGUUUUUAAAAUUGAGCUGUAUUUUCAAGCAGCUUUACUUGGAAUCAUUGUUAGUGCAAUGCCACCUUACUUCGCCAUGGAAAAUGCAGAGAAUCAUAAGAUCAAAGCUUAUACUCAACUUAAACUUUCAGGUCUUUUGCCCUCUGCAUAUUGGAUCGGACAAGCUGUUGUUGAUAUCCCCUUAUUUUUUGUUGUUCUUAUUUUGAUGCUAGGAAGUUUAUUUGCAUUUCACUAUGGACUAUAUUUUUAUGCUGUAAAAUUCCUUUCUGUGGUAUUUUGUCUUAUUGGUUAUGUUCCAUCAGUUAUUCUGUUUACUUAUAUUACUUCUUUCACUUUUAAAAAAAUUUUGAAUACCAAAGAAUUUUGGUCAUUUAUCUAUUCUGUGACAGCAUUGGCUUGCAUUGCAAUCACCGAAGUAACUUACUUUAUGGGAUAUACAGUUACAGCUAUUCUUCAUUAUACCUUUUGCAUAGCCAUUCCGAUCUAUCCACUUCUAGGUUGUCUGAUUUGUUUCAUAAAGGUUUCUUGGAAGAAUAUUAGAAAAAAUAAGGAUACCUAUGACCCAUGGGAUAGGCUUUUGGUGGCUGUUAUAUCGCCUUACCUGCAGUGCGUACUGUGGAUUUUCCUCUUACAGUACUAUGAGAAAAAAUAUGGAGGCAGAUCAAUAAGAAAGGAUCCCUUUUUCAGGACCCUUUCAACAAAGUCCCGAAAUAGGAAGUUUCCAGAACCACCAAACAACGAGGAUGAGGACGAAGAUGUCAAAGCUGAGAGACUGAAGGUCAGGGAGCUGAUGGGUUGCCAGUGUUGUGAGGAGAAACCAGCCAUUAUGGUCAGCAAUUUGCAUAAAGAAUAUGAUGACAAGAAAGAUUUUCUUCUUACAAGAAAAGUAAAGAAAGUGGCAACUAAAUACAUCUCUUUCUGUGUGAAAAAAGGAGAGAUCUUGGGACUGUUGGGCCCAAAUGGUGCAGGCAAGAGCACAGUUAUUAAUAUUCUUGUUGGUGACAUUGAACCCACUUCAGGCCAGGUAUUUCUAGGAGAUUAUUCUUCAGACCCAGCUGAAGAUGAUGAUUCCAUUAAAUGUAUGGGCUACUGUCCUCAGAUAAACCCACUGUGGUCAUAUAUUACAUUGCAGGAACAUUUUGAAAUUUAUGGGGCUGUAAAAGGAAUGAGUCCAAGUGAUGUGAAAGAAGUCACAAAUCGAAUAACAAAUGCACUCGAUUUGAAAGAACAUCUUCAGAAAACUGUAAAGAAACUACCUGCAGGAAUCAAGCGCAAGUUGUGUUUUGCUCUAAGUAUGCUGGGGAGUCCUCAGAUUACUUUGCUAGAUGAACCCUCUACAGGUAUGGACCCUAAAGCCAAGCAGCACAUGUGGCGAGCAAUUCGAACUGCCUUUAAAAACAAAAAACGGGCUGCUAUUCUGACCACUCAUUAUAUGGAAGAGGCAGAGGCUGUCUGUGACCGAGUGGCCAUCAUGGUAUCUGGGCAGUUAAGAUGUAUUGGGACAGUCCAACAUCUGAAGAGUAAAUUUGGAAAAGGUUACUUUUUGGAAAUUAAAUUAAAAGACUGGAUAGAAAACCUAGAAGUAGACCGCCUUCAAAGAGAAAUUCAGUAUAUUUUCCCAAAUGCAAUCCGUCAGGAAAGUUUUUCUUCUAUUUUGGCUUAUAAAAUUCCUAAGGAGGAUGUUCAGUCCCUUUCACAAUCUUUUUCUAAGCUGGAAGAAGCUAAACAUACAUUUGCCAUUGAAGAAUAUAGCUUUUCUCAAGCAACAUUGGAACAGGUUUUUGUUGAACUCACUAAAGAACAAGAGGAAGAAGAUAAUAGUUGUGGAACUCUAAACAGCACCCUUUGGUGGAAAAGAACACAGGAAGAUAGAGUAGUGUUUUGAAUUUGUGUUGCUCAAUCUGCUUACUGAAUUUCUUUGUUUUUCACUUUGUUUUAACUGCUUUAAAAAGUGUAUUAUUUGAGUGGUAACUGAAGACCCAUGAAAAGCAUGGGAUUUUCCUAACUUCCUUAAUUGAAAUACCAUGGUUGUAUGUUUUUUUUUCUUUAAAUAAAACUUACGUGUAAUUAAUUGAAACUGCAUGUUUGUAUCUGAAGUGUAUUGAACUUUAGUCUGUAUGCGAAGUUGAAUUUUUACUUUUUUGCCUUUCAAAAACAGUGCUUCUAAAUUUAUGAUUUAAAGAAAUAGUAAUAGAGUAAUUUUAUUUCGAACAGUUACCUUUGUUUUUCCAUUUAUACCAUCUUGUUAAUAAGAAUGUAAUGUCCCAAUCUAAAUAAAAAACAAAUAUAUAAGUAGUAUGUAGACAGGCGAUAUAAAACAAAAGUUUCUUGCUUUUAUUUAAUUUCUAGAAGAAACUUUGAAUGAAUGUUGGCAUCCUCAAAAGGUACAGCAUAAGUAUUAGACAAUCUCACUUAGUGCAGAUAGAAGUUUGUGGGAAGGGACAUCCACUAGGUGGCACUCAUCAAUCAUAAUAAAUUAAGCGAGACCUUGCUAUGUUAAGUGAUUUUAGACGUAGAUAACUUACGUAUUUGAAGUACAUUUCUUUUGCUUACAGCAAAAUUUAUACAUAUAUAACAUAUAUAAUUCUCUUUAAUAAGACUCAUCACUUUCACUCUGUCACAGUUGAAGUAAGGUUAUGGUUAAUGUAAUCUCAGAAAAUACAGUUGACCCUUGAACAAUGUGAGGGUUAGGGGCACCAACCUUGCCCCAACCUCCACCACCAUCAAUUAGAAACCUGUGUAUAACUUCCGACUCCUCAAAAACUUAACUACUAAUAGCCUGCUGUUGACCAGAAACCUUGGCGAUAACAUUAAUAGUCAACUAAUACAUGUUUUAUGUGUUAAUAUGUAUUAUAUACUGUAUUCUUACAAUAAAUUAAGCUAGAGAAAAAAUGUUAAGAAAAUCAUGAGAAAAUACGCCUGUGUAUUUAUUGAAAAAAAAAAAAAUCACAUUAGCAGCCCUGUGUUGUUCAAACUCAUGUUCAAGGGUCAACUGUACUUCAUUGUAGACCCAUGUAUGAAAUAUUGGUAAAAUAUAGUAGAAUUGACAAUAUAUUUUAACCAGAUGAAUGAAAGUAUUAACUUUGCAAAAGCACAUAAUUUGGGAGUGUGAUACAGCAACAAAAGAAGAAUUUAGUACUGAGUUUCUUUAAAUAGACAAACCCUUUAAUAAAAUUAACUAUUUAAAAUAGGCAAAAUUUAAUUAACUUUUAGCUCUACUGUGUAAUAAGACAUCGGUGAUUUUAGGCUCUGGCAGCUGAUUUAAAAUAAUGUUCCUCUCUCAGUCGUAGUGCAAGGUAUAUGGCUGGUACUUCCUCGCCUUGCUUUGGUAGCUGCUGUGCACACUCCUGUCUUAGAGGUCCUCAAACUCAUCUAAAUGAGCUGACUUACAGUUUCCUCUUGGAUUUUACAACCCACAGCUAAGUUACUUCUCCCUGUGUGAUUGAGUUGGCACUAGUUUUUAAUUUUUUAUUAACAGUCGCUUGCCUCAUGAUUCAAGGCUUUUGGAUUCUUCAUCUGAGAAUCUCACUUUUACAUUCUUUAGUAUUGAACUUAAGUACUGCAUGAUAAGUACAAUUCCAGACACGUUUGAAAGAAAAUCUUUACCUUGUAGACAAAUUAAUAAAUAGCACAUUCCAUUUUCUGAAUAAGUCAUUGCUAAAUGGUGGUGUAACUUUAAAGAGCUGUCUUAUAGUGUCUAAUAGUCAUACGAACACCUUCUUUUCUUUUGAGAUGUGUUUUUGUAGCUAUGUGUUUAUGUAUUUAUUACCUUGGACACUUAAACGCAGUGUAAAACAAAACUAUAGUUUACUAGGACAAUCACUUGAAAAAGUAGAUUUUUUUAGAACCUAACCAUAGUGAGAAAGGUGUAUAAUUUUAAAGUGGAGCAUGACUAUUAUAGAAUUUUACCUUCUUUUGCACAUUGAUUUGGUCACCAUCACUUUACAUCUGUGAAAAUGUGAUCAAUGGAAAGUAAAUUUUUUUUCCCUGCAAAGUGAAAGUUGAGAUUAUGCUGAUUAGUCAGACUAAUGUUCUUAUCUAUUAUGUUCAUUUAGUUAUUUUACUAUUAUUGUACUCUUAUAACCUUUUUUUAAAAAAGACAUUUGAAUUAACUCUUUUUAGUUUUUACAUACCUAGAGUGAAUAUAUUUUGGUCAUGAAUUAAAUUAAUUGUAGGAAUCUUCUGUUCCUUUUUCACAAUAACAUAAUUUUUCCUAUUCAGAAGUGUAAUUUAAUCCUUAGGACAGCAAGGGUAAGUGAAAUGGGAGGAAGACACAGAAAGUCAAAUAUGCAGUUUAUCUUUAUUUACAGUGUACUGUUCAUGUUUUUGAACAUAUGUUACUUUAAAAUGCCUUAAAUUACUGAUCUCAAAACUUUUAUAUAGCAAUACAAAUAAAUGUAAAUGCAUAUAUUAGGCAAAAAUUAGAAAAAACUCAUCACUUAGUGUAUAUUUUCUAUCCAUGAUAUAAUUUUGAAAGUAAAGGCUGGACUUGACUGCGUGACUGUGAUGACUACUAAUAAGGCAAACCUCUGUCUGCGGCACUCAGGAACCAAGCAGUCGGUAACAGUUAAAACCGUGAUAAGUAUACUUUACAUUUCACUUUGUGGGCUCUUAAUUUUUUAUUUUUCAGUUUGUUCUUUGUAAAAGGCUGUAGGUUUUCUUUAAAAACUUUUUAAAAUUGAGACAUGCUAUCUUAAACCAAUAUUUUAAUUUUAAUCAUUAAAAUGUUUUAGAGUAAUUUAAUUUAGCGGACUUAUUAGUGACUAUAUUUCAAGCAGUGUAUUCUUUGGAUAGAAAGACGACUACCAGUUUUGGCCCUGUAAGAUCUUCUAAUCUAGUAGGAGAAAGAUACAUUCUUAAAUAACUAACUAUAAUGUACUGGGACAAAUGCUUUGCUAGUGGUACUAACACUAGUAUUGGAACACAAUUAAUUUUACUUAGGGUGAGUGUUGUCAUUGUUUUUAUUAUGUUACGCAAUAUUUUAUUUUGAUUGUACUCUGAAUUUGAUGAAACACCAUACAGUAUUUUCAUGUAACAAAUAUAUAGGCGUUAAUUUUUGAAAAAUAGAUAUACUUAUCCUUAAUGUAUUUUUAAUAUUGCUAACAUCGAUUUUUCAUUUUCUUUCCUGAAAGAACUUGUAACAUAUAAUGAAAGAAUUUAUUCUCGGGUGGAUAAUUUUUAUAUCAGCUAUUCUUAUAAGGUAAAAGUUUACUUAUUUUUUAUUCAUAAUGUGUUAUAUGUAAGUAAUUCUCAAUGCUGCCUUUUAAGAAAAAAUAAAUAUUAGUAAUAAGCUUUAA